UGGUGUCAGUAUCUCUUUAAGGCCCCCAUACUUGAGCCGAUAAAAGCUGCCGACAGACCGAGUCCGCAGCGUAUCGGUCUAUGUGUGGGGCCACCCGACAGGCUUCACCAAUCGAUAUCUAGCCAAAAGUCGGCCAGAUGUGGAUCAGGCACAGUAAAAAAUCCCAUUAGAUCACGGCUGCAUCUGUUCGUUGAUGCAUUCCCGCAAUUCGACUGCCCGUAUUGCCUCCAUUCUGAUCUGAUUGUUGGGCACUAGGGAUCGGAUCAGCCCGAUAUAGCCCACCUCAAUGUGUCCCACGUAGUAUAAACCAGAUGCAUAACUCUCCUUCAGUCCCUGUUAAAUUUAUGCGCAGAUCUGUUCUUUCUCUUCCACUCAUGCGGCUUUCCUCCUGAUGCCUGCAGGGUCCUAGAGACCAAUCACCAAGUUGCAGAAAGAACCAGAAUGUACAGAUGACAACUGUAAUUAAUUUGACAUAAACUUACAUAAUCAAACUUACAUGUAAAUUUCUGAACAUCAGCCUUAGGCAAAAAUAUACCCCACUUGACAAGCUUAUUCAGUUGGACUUAUGUAAUGUAUAAACAGUAUAUGUACUUCCAGAAAUAACUAGAGUUGUUUUUUCUCUCUACACAAACAUAUUCCACAGAUCUCUGUUCACAGGCACCAGUUAACACCCGCCCCCUCCUUAACCCUAACACAUAACCCCUCCCUUUACUUCUAAACUAAAGGCUGGAAGUGAAGCUGAGCUACCAUCUGUUAGUUUGCUGUUUGACAAGACACAUACAGACCUGGCUUGAUCGAGGAGAUUUUCUAUCAACCAACAGGAAAAGCUAGAAAAUCAGGGAGCAAGUUAUCAAUCAGACAGGCUGCUUUAGAACACAAGACUGAGAUCAAUCAGUGUUUAGCUGGAAGGAAUUUUAUCACCAUGGUUUUCUGAUCGGCUUGGAAGUGCACAGUGGAGUAGAAAUCCCAACAUGCCUUUUCCCCCCAUCCAGCACCAGCAGCAUACAUUGUCAGCCCGGCUCCCAGCGAGAAACAACAGCUGCAGAGUAGUGGUUCAGUCACAAUCUCCUGAGCAGUGGAGGGCAUCUGUGGGCACCGAGGAGCUGUCCAACUCUUGGCCCUCAGCUACACUUCAUGGGGAGCUGGAGAGAAGGUGCAGAGUACUUCAUUCAGAAGGCUCCAUGCAGCCAGUGUGCCGAGUCCUGGAGCAGGUCCCCUCGGCAAUAACUCGCUCCUAUGAUAGUGUCUUUCACUCACGGACAAACAACGCACCAAAGAAGAUGCUUCCUUGUCCCAGGAAAGAAAAGCAAUUAACAGGUCUACCCAGGCAGCCACAACUGAACAGUGCCCCUCUGCACCGCCCCGAUGUACACUUCACUCUGUGCCUUACACCUGAAGCUCUUCUGGUCCUGCAGAAAAAGAAUCUGGAGAAACAGUGCAAGCUGCGACUCGAUUCCAGACCCAUAUUUGCCAGUCGCUCCAGGAACCGAGGAGAUUUGGUACCAAGCUGCACCUCACAGAAGCCUCUCCCAGAUGUCAGGGAGAUCCUAAAGAUUUCCUUGCUGAAUGAACACCACCGCUAUGAUGAUGUAGAGUAUGAGGAUGAUGAUGGAUGGAUUAGAGGGGGUGAUGGUGUUCCUGGGUACUCCCUUGAUGAAGGUUUGGUGAGAAGGUGCACUGAGUGGCUUCAGGGGGUGGAGAUGGCUACAGCCAGGGAAAGGAACUUAAACGACAAACUGCAGACUCUGCCGCACCUUGGUACUUACUGAUUUUGUUCCAGUGACACUGUUGGGAUUCAUUUGCUACCCCAGGUGCAAACAUGCAAUAAACCAGAGCAGUCAGUAAGCAAUUAAAUUACAUUGUUUAGCAUUAAAAUGUAUUAACUAAACAGAAUGCAUGAUUGGUUGCCAAUGGGUUACUUCCCAUGUGCACAUUUAUGCCUAAAUAAACAAGGCUACUAUUCACUAAAGAUAAGUCAUAUACAUGUAAGGUUUGGAUGCUAGUGCUUUCUUACAUCCACUACCUUAGGACAGCUAAGCUUCUGGCACUCUAUUAUGCUGCUAAUCUACAACUCCCAGUAUCCACUAUUAUCUAUAUCACGAGAUGUAAUUAUUUGAUCAACUGUUUUUUGCUGGCAGGAAACAGUUUAUAGUACUGCUGUGUUUCUUCUAUCAACCGCACAGGCUGACAUUCUGCUUUACAAAGUGGAGUGGAACAGUGUGACGAAUGAUAAAAAAAUGCAACACAGUCAUAGUCAGUUCUAAUAUGAAUAUUUUUAUACACAUAUAAAACACUGGAAAAAUACAGGAGAAGAACACAGCAGAAGAGACAAUUCUGACAUUUACUAUAAGCAAAUUAAUAAUGAGUCACGUCUAUGUGGGAUGUUUACUCUGUGAAGUAAGGUUCAUGUAGUGUCCAAAGUGCUAUUUUGUUUACAGCAUGGUACUGGUCAAUUUUUAUAGUUAUUAAAAUAAAAUAUACGCCUCUUUUUCGACAUCUAUUUUUUGACAGCUCAUUCUGUAGGGCUUUCGUAAAAGAAAAGAUGCAUAAACACUAUCUGAACUUCCAAAACUGAAUACUAAAGUAUUCAUGCCUGAUUUCACAGAUUGAAAGCAAACAAUGAUUUUUUGAUACAAACCAUUUCCCUUGUUUCAUUGUGAAGUAAUGGAUUCUGGGAUUUUCCAUCUCUGAUUUCCAUGGUGGGUGAUACACAGAAUCAUCAGGGGGCUUGGGAAGUCAUUCCUGACAGUCAGACAGAGGCUAUCAUGUUUUCCUGUCAGUCUGUGGCAUGUCUGAUGUCUGUGUUUUAAUAAAAAUGUUUAUCCACAAUUUCUUACAUAAACCCAUCUGAAUGAGCUUAUAAAUGGAGUUUAUACAAGAGCUCAGUUUAAACUGACCAUAAUGUGACUGUGGCAGGGAAAUUAGAUUGUAGAAUAUCUUGUGCUAUAUAAUAAAAAUAUUAAGGGCCACAUUUAUCCGAAGUGGAAAUUUGAAUUUCGAAUUUAAAAAUUGUAAUUUUUUAGUUUAUUUUAGUGUAUUUAGACUAGAGAAUAGUUAAAAUUUGAUUUGAGUUUUUAAAAAAUUUUAAUUCAAAUUUUGAAAUUUAUCAUGUAGUGGCACUAUAAGAAUUCAACUAUUAGCCACUUUAAACCUGCUGAAUUGCUGUUUUAUACUAUGGCGAAUGUCCUGGAAUCAAUUUGGAGUUGAUUGGUGGCAUCCUGAAAAUCAUGUUUUUUUCUGAGAAAAAACUCAAAUCGAAUUCAUUUUGGAUUUGAUUAGAAUUUGAUUCGAGUUUGCGGGUUGAUCCCACUCACCCGAAUUUAAAAAAAAUAAAUGUAUUAAAAAUUUUUUCGUUAACUCGAAAAUCGAGUUUAUGGGAGUUUUUAUAAACUCCUAUAAACUCUAAAUUCGACCCUUGAUAAAUCUGCCCCUAAGUGCAUCUUUAAUGGCCAUGCUGACUAAGCCACAUGUGCUUGCAUUGUAUAUUGUCAUUUCAAGUGUGCUGCGACUAGAUGGUGCUCUCCUUAGUAUAUUGUAGAUAUACAAUAUCUUGUCAUUAAUGACAAUGGCAAGUGAAAAGUUUUCAAUAUCAUUCAGCAAGAUCAGUUGACUUACCAUAGAUUUGCCAUUAUUCUGUUACAAAGACCAACUAAGAACUGGACAUGAGACAAGUUUAUUUUAAAGGAGAACUAAACCCCCUUACCAUAAGCCCCCCUAAGCUUACCGACAUUGCCCCCUCUCCCUCCCUGUGAUGUGUAAAAAAAAAACCCUGCGCAUUCGUCAGCAAGCUUUGCGAAGGCAAAGAAACCCGAAGACUUCAUGAAAAUUGUUAACAACAUUUGCACCUUGAACCCACUAGUUCUUUUAAAAAAAAGGUUUAUGAUUACCUUUGGAAAGAUCACUCCAAUGCAUGGAACUGUUUGCCCUAAUCAUUCCUUAAAGCUUUGACAGUUCAUUACCAGGGGAGCCACACUAAUUCGAAUACAGCAUUGUGAUUGGUUCAUCCAGUAAAGAAAUUAAAGAUCACUACUGUGUAUCUGUAAUAUCUUGUUGCAGAAAUGAUCAUUUCCUUUGACACAUUUUAUCAUUUAACACUGGAAAAAUUUACACCUGGGCAAUAACCCAUGGUAAUUAAUCACGUUUUUGCUUCAUUGUUUUACCUUCAGUUUUCUGGGGGAAAAAGUACAGAUUUGCCCAGAUUUGUGUUGAUAAAUAAUUCCCAAAAGUAACUGCGUAUGUGUGCAAGUGGCAUAAUACACAAGAGCAAUGAACAUCCUGUAAAUGAUAUCCUUAUAAUUAUUUUGAUUAGAGCUAAACAAACUUUUGACAAACUUUUGAAUUAAAAAAUGGCUUGAAUUUUGCCUAGGAGAACUCCCACUAACUUCAUCAUGAGCUUGCCAGUUUUUAGAUGCCAAUUUUUUUACAUUCGAGAUUUCGAGUUCUUUGCUUAAAAAAUACCAGCCAUUCGAGUUUUUUAAUAGAUAAUUUAACUUUGUUAGUUUUUGUGCAAAAAAAUUCACAUUGUAGCAAAAAUUCAAAUUCGAGCCUUGAGAAAUCACCCCCUAAGUUGUUAAUUUGUUACUUGGCCUAUUUUGCUUCCUUUCAACAAAUCUUCACAUAUAGAUGAAAGUCUUUGCUAGAAUAUUUUAUUGUAAUUUUCAUUUAGUUCUUUGUAUGCAAAAGCUUUCAUUUCAAUUAAAAGGUAAACAAGUAAAAUUGAAGACUAUCAGAAUAAUUUAUUCAAAAACUUCAUAUUUAACUUUUAUGCAACCUGUUUUCAUAUUCCAUAUAUCUUGCUAUCCGUAUAUAAAGUUUAUAUAAUUACAUAAUUAUAAUCUUGCAUAUUAUUUAUCUUAAAAAUAGUGUUUUCAUGCAUGUCUAUGCAUAUAUAUGUUUUGCGUUUUUAGAAAAAAAAUGUAAAAGUUGUGUUUCUGCUGUAUUUGCUUUCGUUUUUAGAAAAAAAAUGUAAAAGUUGUGUUUCUGCUGUAUUUGCUUUCUAGUUCAUAAAAUUAUCCCUGCAAUUCACUGUUUCUGUAGUUUUUUUAGGCAAUUUUUAUGGCCAAGCAGUAUUUAGGCUAAAAAAUUAAAAAUAUACAUUUAACAA